AUGGCAGAGCUACCGACUAUUGACAUGACGUACAAUUGCGACGUGUACGCACCCGCAGAAGACACGUUUCUCCUUCUCGAUGCAUUGCACGACGAAUUGCCACACUUAGUGGCUCUCGAUCCUGCGCUCUGCGUCGAAAUUGGAUGUGGAAGCGGUGCUGUGUUUGUGUAUCUGGCAACGCAACUGCAGCAAUCGAAGACGAGUGCGGUGUUCCUAGCGACGGACAUUAACCGACUGGCAGCGAGUGUGGCGCAGCAAACUGCAACAAACAACGGCGUUCAUACUUUUGACGUCGUGCAUACCGACUUAUUGCAAUGCUUCGAGUCGCGGAUACAGGGUCAGGUGGAUGUGCUGCUCUUCAACCCGCCGUACGUGCCGACUCCGCCGGAGGAAGUGGGAUCGAGAGGUAUCGAAGCUGCGUGGGCGGGUGGAAUCCACGGUCGCGAAGUGAUUGACCGCUUACUUCCGAAGCUCAACAAGCUCCUGUCACCCUGUGGUGUAUUCUAUAUGGUUGUGGUAGAAGAGAACAAGCCCAGCGACAUUGCAGCGGUUCUCGCCCAGGAUGGAUUCGACACGUCGGUUGUUCGCUCGACCAAAGCCACGAACGAGCGGUUGUCGAUCCUCAAAGUGACGAGAAGGCCGUCGCAGCGUUGCACUCACGUGGAAAGCCGUGACAGCGCAGAUGCGUAA